AUUUUUUAAAUGUUUAUUUAGAUAUUUAGAGUAUAUUAACAUGGAAUUAAACGUUAAUGUUACAACUUGUCCGAAAGGAAAAGGUAGAAAGAGGUCCCGCCAAACUGAAACCUGGAAAAGAGUGAAGAAUCAAACUUUAAGACAUAAACCAAAAGAUUUGCCAAGAUUUCCAAAUUGUAAUCAUGAUAAAAAUGUUUUUUCUUGUAAAUUGCUAAGAAUGAGAGAUAUUCAACAAUUUCACAGUAUGCUUUACUCUAAAACUGAUAAGAUUAAACAGGAUAUUUUUAUUUUAAAAUUCUGCAAGGGAGCAACACCUAAGAGAUCUUUAAGAAAUUCCCACAGAAUUUCCAUUAAAUACAAAAUUCCUACAGCGGAAGGCGAUUUAAUACGAGUAUGCAAAAAGGCUUUCUUAGGUAUAACUCAUUUUAGCGGAGAUAGGAUUGAAAGAAUUGUAGCCAAUUUUAUACGAUCUGGUCAAAUUCCCAAAGAAAAAAGAGGAGGCGAUAGAAUUUUGGAAAAAAAUGAUGCUGCUAAACUCUCAAUUAAGCAGUUUAUUGAAAGCUUAACUUGCAAUUUUAAGAAAUUAUUUAAAUUACAUCUUGGGCAAAAUCCAGGUUCUGAUGUCAAAUUGUCUUAUUUCAGGACAUAUUUAAACAAAAAUUACAAUUUGUCUUUUGGUACACCAUUAACUGAUGUGUGUUCUACCUGCUUGCGUACCAAAGAAUUGUUAAAACAAAAUAAUUCUGAGGAAGAAAAAAUUCAGAUAAUGACUGAACAAAGAGUGCACAUUUUAAAAGCUAAAGCAUUUUAUGGCUCACUAAAAUCUAAAUCAGAAAAUGUACAAAUAUUUUCGUUUGACUGUCAAAAAAAUUUGCCAUUACCAAAGUUGCCUGAUCAAUCUGCCUACUUUUCUCAACAAAUCAAUUUCUAUAAUUUCACCAUUGUAAAAGGCAAUUCAAAAACCAAAAUAACUCCUCAAACAGCUCAUUCCUACUCAUGGUUAGAGACAGAGUAUAAUAAGAACUCUAACGUUAUAGCAUCAGCUGUACAUGCCACUUUGGUGGCUAACCCCCGAAAAUAUCGAAAAAAUCCAUCUAUUUGCGGACGGUUGCGGGGGCCAAAACAAAAUUUCCGUCAUGAUGUCUAUGUUGGCUUACUACUUAUUGAUCGAAGAGAGUAUAAAACUAUACUUGAAAAAUUCUCGACAGUUCACAAACUCGGCGAGGACUGGAGUAUUUGGGAUUGGAAGACAGUGGCAACCGACAUCGUCAAAAAACCUGCUCAAUGGCAUUUCAAAUUUAAUGAGUGCAAAAGAUUCAUUUUUACUAAACAAAACGUAAAGAACAACAUUACAGUUCGAGGUGAAGUAUUUUAUAAGUCAGAUUUAUGUUCUGAGGGUAGUAUAGUAAAAAGAGGAAAGCAUCUUUCAGGACUACGCCCUAAAAAAGUUAAAACUGAAAAUUGUUUGAGGGGAAACAAAUCCUCAAUUGCUAGUCUUUUGGAGAAACACUAUGGCCCUGGCUGGCGAGAAAUACCAGAACUAGAGUUUUACAGAAUUGUCGAUAGUCCAGGCGAACCGAGUAACCACUCAAGUGAUGAUGAGAAUGUAGAUGAAAUGCCCGAAAUUUCAUUAAGAAUUUAA